ACAUCGAUAGCCAAAGCUUCGAGCUUUAUCAGGGUAAUGGUCGUUGUCCCAGGCUGCGCCGCCCGAAGCCUCGCCGUGCGCCCAUGGCUGCAAGCAGUGCGCUGCUCCUCCGCCGCCUCACUCCCUCUUCCUUCUCCUUCCGAGACGGACGACGCUGCUGGAGCUUCGCAAUCAACGCCGCAGCAGGGAUCACCAUCGCGCUCCUUCUUUCCUAAGCGCGGGCAGACGCUGGAGCUCGUGUGUGAGUCCCUGGCCUUCAAGGGGAAGGGCAUCUGCAAGGCCGCCGACAACGGCUUCGUCCUCAUGUGUGACCGCGCCCUCCCCGGCGAACGGUUUAUUGGUCGGGUUUCUCGCAAGAAGGGUUCCUACGCUGAGGUGCAAAAGCUGAAGACAAUCACACCGCACCAGAACGCCGUCGAUGCACCGUGUGAAUAUGCCGGUCAUUGUGGAGGCUGCAAGACGCAAAAUUUGCUAUACGAGGCGCAGAUCGAAGCCAAGGAGCAGCAGGUCCGGGACUUAAUCGUUCAUGUUGGGAGGUUCGCAGAGAGAGAUUCAUUGUUUUCUUCUGUGAUGAAACCUAUUGUGCCGUGUGAAAUUCAGUAUCAUUACCGGAAUAAGAUGGAGUUUUCGUUUGGUUCCCGGAGAUGGGUUCCAGCAGAAGAACUGGAAGAGGGGAAAGGUCAGAAUGUGGGAGGCUUUGCGUUGGGGCUGCAUGCUCCGGGGUUUUUUGACAAGGUCCUUCAUGUUGAGAAGUGCCUACUGCAAAGUGAAGCUGCUAACAAGGUUCUUGCAGUUAUUCAAAGUAGCUGGAGAAGUCCUGAUCUAGGCCUUUCUCCAUACAACGUCCAUACUCAUACUGGGUUUCUUAAACACCUGAUGCUAAGAACUGGAAGAGAUGUCAGGACAGGGCUGCCAGAACUCAUGGUUAACUUUGUGACAUCAAGCUACAAACCUGAUCUAUUGGAGCCUUUAGUCAACAAGGUGUCAGCUAUUCCUGAAGUGGUCAGUAUCAUGAAUAAUGUGAAUACUUCUGUUGGCAAUACAUCUGUUGGGGAGGAAGAAUAUAUCUUGUAUGGGAAGUCAACAAUCACCGAGAUCUUGAGAGGACUUACAUUUCAGAUAUCCGCCAAUUCCUUCUUUCAAACCAAUGCCCACCAGGCUGAAGUACUCUAUAAACUUAUUGGGGACUAUGCCGGACUUAAAGGAGAUUGCUCAGAGAUUGUCCUUGAUCUUUUCUGUGGAACUGGUACCAUUGGUUUGACCCUUGCCAGAAGGGUAAGACAUGUUUAUGGCUAUGAAGUUGUGGCUGAGGCCAUCUCAGAUGCUCGUCGAAACGCUGAACUCAAUGGCAUCAAUAAUGCUACCUUUGUUCAAGGGGAUCUUAACAAAAUUAAUGACUCAUUUGGAAACAAUUUUCCUAAGCCGGAUAUUGUUAUUUCAGAUCCCAAUCGUCCGGGCAUGCACUUGAAGCUGAUUAAGUUUCUCCUGAAACUUCAGGCGCCACGCAUCAUCUAUGUUUCUUGCAAUCCAGCCACCUGUGCCCGUGAUCUCGACUACCUAUGUCAUGGUUUGGGUGAUCAGGGUAUUUCUGGAUGCUACCAGCUGAAGAGUGUGCAACCUGUGGACAUGUUCCCUCACACUCCUCACAUAGAGUGUGUCUGUUUGCUUGAACUUUUUUGAAAUCAGGCACUUAUAGAUGGCUGGUUUGCUCUUU